UCAACUAAAACUCCUAUCACCCUUUUCAAUAAGGAAGACUGUGAGGUUCAGCAUCCAGAAGGUUGUGUAUGUUCUGAAGCACAGAAAAAGUAUGAAAGUCAAAUAAAACAUUUUAGCCCUGGCCAUUCAUAUCAGUUGGAAGAAAUUAGUUUCAAUUUCAAGGAUAAGACUCUCAAAAAUAACUCCCUGACAGAGGAAGCAUCUGAAGUGUCUUCUGAAAUUGGUAAUCAUGAAGGCAGUCUACCUGUAUCACCAGCCCAGCCCUACACCAAGACUACUGCCACGUUUCCCUCUGCCAAGCAAAAUGAGGAUAUGGAAUGUCCAAGAAAAAUGAAAUUGAGGAUUCAUAAUCUGGAAGAACCAAACAUAGCACCACACAUUAACUGCUCAGACGCUGGUGUACAAACCACGAUAUCUCCUCCACUUUCCUUCCCCGUGAAUCCAGAAGCAGAUGUUGCAGUUUCUCCAAAACAAGUGGAAAAGACUCCUAAAGGGACAGAUGAUGCCCAGUCUUCUACCUGCAGUGAACAGCCCAGGCAAAGUGUUCCAGACGAGAUGUUAAAAGUGGUACAGCUUCAGCAAGUCAACAUCUUGAGCCUCAUGCAAGUGGUUGGGCUGUCAUUUCUCAUGGCCAAUGUACAGCAAAAUGUUCCACAGACAGCAGCCAGGCUGGUUCAUAAUAAUCAAAUUGUAAAUUUUCAAGUGGGAAGAUCAACUGCUUCUGGCGAAAGUGAACAAAGAGAGGAGACUCUGGGAAACCAAGAGCAAGUAAUCCAGAGAAAAGAGCCAAGCAACCAGAAGGAUAAAAAAACAUGUGACCAGAACAGUAAAAAGGAUGAGUUUUGUAGUAGUCAAGAGCAGGUCAUCCAGAGCAAUAGGCUAAGUGACAAGAAGGACAUGAAAGGUAUUGAUCAUGACAAGAGCAGAGCUGAAAUACCAGGUUAUCAAGAUCAACUUAUCCAGAAGAAAUGGCAAUGCAAGAAUAAAGACAAGAAAGUUUGUUAUCAAAAAAAUGAAAGAGAUGAGUUAACUGGUAACAGUGAGCAGGUCACCAAGGGCAAAUGGGUUGGUGAUCAGAAAGACAAGAAAUCCAAGAAAAAUAAAAGAGAUGAGCUGUCUGGUAACCAUGAGCAAGCCAUUAAGAGCAGAAGACUAGGAAAUGAGAAAGACAAGCAAACCAAUGGAUCAAACAAUAAAAGUCUUGUGACUCUUGGUAACAAUGAGCCUGUCACCCUGAGCAAAUAUCUAUGUCACAAGAAAAAUGAGAAAAACAGGAAAAGGAACAAAGAUAAGACUCCUGAGGAGAUACAGCAAGUCAUAAAGAGCAACACAGAGAAGCAGAAAUCCAGUGCCAAAGAAAGUGAUUCACAGGGCAGCAGUUCUCAACCUGUGGGUCGUGACUCCGCCAGGGGUCGAACGACGAUUUGCCAGGGGUCGCCUAAGAGCAUUGGAAAUAUGGGUUUUGUCUAUUCUAAUGUGUAA